AUGGCUUGUACAUCAUGUGGCACUCUACUGUUGGUAGAGGAUGGCCAUGAAUUGUGCCCCCAGUGUCUGGGGGUGGGGCACCUGAGGGAGGCCCUCUCCGACCCCUGCAUCAACUGCAGCAUUUUGCCGCUCUCGGUGAGAGAGGACCGGCUGCGUCAGGUGGAAGGCCUCCUCUUUAGGAGCGACCUCCCACCCUCUGGGCCCGCUCAUGUCAGUGCAGGUUCCCGCAAAAAGCACCGGGACAAGCGCAGAGCGGGGCCCCAUGACGAGCGCAGUGGCCCUACGCAGAAGAAGGCGAAGGAUGCUCCCUCACGCAGUGAGAUGGAGGAUUUACGGGCUGAACUGGAGCAGCUUAAGGCCUUAGUGAGGGAGCGGGCUCUGCCCUCCCCACCUCUGGCGGUCCCCUGGGAGUCAGAUUGUGGAGACGAUGCUAUGUCUACCAGGGCUUCAAACUCCAUGUUUCAAGGCCGUGACAGUGUGUUUAGCUCUGGCGAGUAUCCCUCCCCUGAGCUGCCGUGUCUGGUGGUUGACCCAGCUAGCAUACAGGCAGAGGCUGGCUCGGAGACAUCCCUCAGGAGCUCUGGGAGCACUGAGCUGGGAGAGGGCCCCUGCCCUUUGCAGGCAACACUACGUGCGGCCCUGGCUAAGGUCGGGCUGGAUGAUGCGCCCGCUGCCCAACCGGCGAGCAACCCAUUCUUUCGCCGGACUCCUGUAGCCCCGCCCUUUGAUGUCCCGCCCUCGCCUGCUUUUUUGCAGGAGCUGCGGCGCUGCUGGGCAGAUCCAAAGGCGUUUGCCUACCAUGGCAAGGAUGCGAGGACUUUGGCCUCCAUGCGCCAGGCGGAGCAACAUGGCCUGGUUCACAUGCCUCCCGUGGACCCGUGUAUCGCCUCACUGGUCCUUUCACCAGAUGAGGCGCUCAAAGAUAAGGCCCGCUGUCCUAGGCCUCAGUGCCGGGUAACGGAUAGCCUUCUCUCGACGGCUUAUGAUGCGGCAGGCCGCAUGGCUCGCAUUGGGAACUCCCUCUCCGUGCUCCUCCUCGCCCAGUCCCAGAUGUUGCAGUCGGAGCAUGAGGGCGGGGAGUUGGGUGACACUAACGACGCUGCGCUCCAAGCCUUCGGGCUGAUGACCAGAGAGCUUGGCCGCCUGAUGUCCACCCUGGUGGUGACGCGGCGUCAGGUGUGGCUGGCGCAGGCACCCAUUUGUUUGGGCCAGAGGCAGAACAGGCGUUGGAGCGCAGGAAGCAGUCGGGUCAGGCAUCAGAGGCCUGGGGUCGUCGGAGUGCGAGCAUGGGACCCCCAGCUCAGCACUCCAGGAGACGGGGCGCACAAGACCUGCGCCGCUCACAUCCCCCGAGCCCCCCUCCGCAGCCCUGGCAGCACAGCCGGGUUGCUGGGGGUGGUGGGCGUCAGCCCAGGGGCGCACACCCUCCACCUCGCCGGUCUCAGCGGGUGCAGGGGCAACACCAGCGUCCCCCCAAACCCCCAAAUAAUCCUCGAGGCACUCUAUGAGGGCCUCGGGCCGGCGGUGGGCAGGUUUUCACAUCAGCACCUGGCCUAUUGGGCAGCCCAUUCUCCAGAUGUGUGGGUUUUGAGAACACUGUCCCAGGGCUACAGGUUGCAGUUCCGCCGCCGGCCCCCACCACCCUCCGGGGUCAGGGAAACCUCGGUCAGAGACCGCGGGAGGGCCCUGUGUUUGUCACAGGAGAUAGCCAAACUCUUGGACAAAAAGGCCAUCACAAGAGUUCAUACACAGAGCAGUGGGUUUUACUCAACAUACUUCCUCAUUCCGAAGAAAGACACUUCUCUUCGGCCUGUGCUGGACCUUCGGGGUCUGAACCAGUACCUGAAGGUCCUCCCAUUUCGGAUGCUGCGUACACGCGACGUCCUUCAAUCUGUCACUCCAGGGGAGUGGUUCACCUCCAUAGACCUCAAGGACGCCUACUUUCACGUCCCAAUACACCCAGAUCACAGACGGUUUCUCAGUUUUGCCUUUCAAGGCCACGCCUACCAGUUCACCGUCCUGCCUUUCGGCCUGUCCCUGGCUCCUCGCAUCUUCACCAGAUGCAUGAGGGCGGCCUUGACAUCGCUAUGCCUGUCGGGAGUAAAGAUUCUCCCAUAUCUGGACGACUGGCUUAUAUGCGCCCCCUCGCUCCAGGAGGCGGAGCUGAUGACAUCCAGGGUCCUCACACAUAUCGAGGCUCUGGGCAUGUCGGUAAAUUGGGAGAAGAGCUUGUUGCGUCCUACGCAGCAGACCACCUUCAUCGGCCUGUCCCUCGAUUCCGUGUCAAUGCAGGCACGCCUUACUGCAGAGCGGGCACAGCGGAUUCAGGACCUGCUACGGUCCUUCCGCCUCGGGAUGAGGUUGCCCGUCCACGCAUGGCUCCGACUGCUGGGGAUGCUGUCGGCGGCCUCAGCUGUGACACCUCUGGGGCUGCUGCACCUGCGCCCCCUGCAGAUGUGGUUCAACAGCCUCCAGAUGGACCCUCGCCUUCACAGGUGGGUCAAGGUCAAGGUUACCCACCAGUGCCUUAUUCAUCUCCACCGGUGGCGGGACAGCACCUUUCUAUUGCACGGUGUUCCUCUCGGCUCAGUCCCUUCGAGGCGAGAGGUGGUGACAACAGAUGCCUCACCUCAGGGUUGGGGUGCGGUAUGGCAGAAGAGGUCAGUCCAGGGGGUUUGGGGCCCUCUGUGGCGGGGACGGCACAUCAAUGUCCUAGAACUCCGGACUGUCUACUUGGCGCUGAGGCACUUCUUGCCCUUUCUCAGGGGCAAGCAUGUCCUCGUCCGGACAGACAACACUUCGACAGUGUUUCAUGUCAACCACCAGGGGGGAACCAGGUCGCUGGACUCCCUGAACGAGGCCCGGAGGUUGUGGAUGUGGGCUCAUCCUCAAUUGGCCUCCUUGAGGGCAAUGCACCUCCCUGGCAGAGCCAACGUGGUGGCGGAUUCCCUCUCACGCCGGCAGCUGCCCCCAGGGGACUGGCGGUUGCACCCCCAGGUGGUGCGAAUGAUUUGGGAUCGAUACGGGGAAGCCCGUGUGGAUCUGUUCGCCUCGGAGUGUACGGCUCAUUGUCCACUGUGGUUCUCCUUGGCAGAGACCAGUGCCCCGCUCGGGAUGGACGCUCUCGCCAACACUUGGCCGAGAGGCCUCCUUUAUGCGUUCCCUCCGAUUCCCCUGGUGAUGCCCACGCUUCACAGGGUGAGAUUAUCGGGUCACAGGGUCCUCCUGGUGGCGCCCAAGUGGCCCUCGAGGAUUUGGUUCUCCACGCUCCUCAGCCUGUUGGACGGGGAGCCUUGGCAGCUCCCAGUACGGUCGGACCUCCUGUCCCAGCUGGGCGGGGAGGUAUGGCAUCCCUCUCCGAGCCUCCUUCAACUCUGGGCCUGGCCGUUGAGAGGGAAGGGUCAUUCUUGACGCACCUUGAGCCCUCGGUAUG